AACCUUUACCCCGUUGAUUAGCUGACAUCCGCCAUUUUGUUUUAUGUCGUAUUCUUUGCACUCAUCCCCCAAACUUGCGCGAUUUUUACGUGAUUCCAGAAGUCUUGGAGAACGCUUACCACAAUACACUUAGAGCACCAUUCUAACGCCGGCACCUAACUCGGAUUUAUUCUACCACAAAAUUUACGUUGGAAUCAAUCAAUCAAUCAUCAGAGAUGGCGGAGUUCACACGUGUGCCUCCUGUUAGAGACCUUCCUGUGGAACCAACUGCGCACAUCAAAGAGGAGCCGACAGAGGAGCCGACAGGAGACACUGGAUGGCAACAGCAUGAACAAGAGAACAGGAUGUGCCAGGAAACGUACAGUGGGGACCAGGAAACUUACAACUACCACAAUGAAACCAAAAUAACUGGGUAUCCUUGGAGCGAGACUUACAACAGUUGGGAGCAGACAGUUGAAACGGGGCGGCAGCAGGACGAGAAAAGGGACGAAUUCGAGCCGUGCGGUGUAAAAGCAGAAAUGCAAAUGUCCAGAUGUGGAUUUGUUAGUAGUGGAGAACUUCCUGGGAAGAAGAGUGACAGCAGGGAGACCCAGACAACAGGCAUGGAUCUGCAGCAGGAAACGUGUGAUGUGAACUUUCCCCAACCUGACAACACAUCAACCUCACAGGUACAGGAGAGCAGAGGCAAUGUGGCAAGGCAUGUGGUUAACCGUAAUGAUGAGGAACCCUACAUGUGUGGAGAGUGUGGGUUCAGGACGGCUAAAAGGUCUAACUUAUCUAUACAUAAGAGAACCCAUACAGGAGAUCGACCCUACCAGUGUGGCCAGUGCGACUAUUCUGCAGCACACAAAUCCCACUUGGAUCGACAUCUAAGAAAACACACUGGUAAGAAAGCCUACAUGUGCGGAGAGUGUGGGUACCGGGCAGCGCAUAGGUGUGCAUUAUCAUUUCAUAUGAAAACCCAUACUGGAGAGAAACAUUACAACCCUGAUGAAAAACCCUACAUGUGUGGGGAAUGUGGGUACAGGGCAGGGUACAGACCUAUCUUGUCCCGACAUAUGAGAUCCCACACAGGGGAAAAACCCUACAAGUGUGGCCAGUGUGACUAUUCUGCUGCACAGAAAUCAACUUUGGACCAACACCUAGGAAAACACACUGGUCAAAAGCCCUACAUGUGUGAGGAGUGUGGGUACAGGGCGGCUCGAAAAUCAUGCUUAGCCCGACAUAUGAGGACCCACACAGGAGAAAAAUUCUUGAAGUUUUAUCAGUUUGACUAUUCUGCUGCAAAGAAAUUCACUGUUUACCAAUAAUUUACUGGAAAAUCCAACUUUACAUAUAAGAUAGUAAUUAGAUAUACGUGUAUAGAUGUUAUUUUCAUUUUUGUUGAAGUCGACCAUUAUUCCCAGCAUUCAUUGUAAAUUGUCGAUAAAGAAAUAUCUUGGUUUAACCUCAUCGAUAUAACGUUAACAUUAGUU